AUGGAGUCCUUUCCCGAAGAAACUAGAGCAAUCGUCGAAUCGGGCGCGGAAAUUGGUUGUCACGGAUAUGCGCAUGAGGGCUCGACCCAAAUGACCGAAUCUCAAGAAAAGGAGGUGAUCACCAAGUGCGUGCAGCUAGCAACCGAUCUGACGGGAAAGAAACCCCAAGGUUGGAGGGCGCCUCUCUAUCAACUGCGAACACACACUAUCCAAGUACUAGAGGAACUUGGGUUCUUAUAUGAUUCGUCUCUUACACAUCAUGACUCGUCACUGUACUUUGUGCCUAGAAUGCCUGAGCCCAAGCCCAUUGACUUCUCGCCCUCCAAAUCUGCAUCUACUUGGAUGAAGCCUAUCCCUGCCCCUGCAGCCAGAACUUCUCAAACUCUGGUUGAAAUCCCUUGUAAUUGGUACAUGGAGGAUAUGACACCAAUGCAAUUCCUUCCAGCCGCAGAGAACUCGCAUGGGUUUGUGAGUCCGAUAAUCAUUGAACAAAAUUGGAAAUCACGGUUUGAAUUCCUAUACAAUGAGGCCCUUGAGAUGGCUAUUGAGAAAGGUUCUGAGCAAGGCUUUGUGUUUCCUUUGGUCUUACAUCCAGACACAAGUGGCAUGGCACAUGUGGUUGGGAUGAUUGACCGAAUGAUCUCCUGGCUCAAGCAACAGGGGGAAGGUGUUGAAUUCAUUACAUAUGGGGACUGUGCAGCGGAAUGGAAGAAGAAGCAUGAUAUUUGA